AUGGCUGUAUGGAUGCCUUUGAAGGUAUUUUCUCAAUAUGCAGAUGUGAGUUUGAGACGUCCUAUCCCCACAGAAGACGCAGAGCAGGAGGAAGAGGAGGAGGAAAUGGCAGCUUCUCAGGGACGGCUGACAUUCCAGGAUGUGGCUAUAGACUUCAGUCAAGAGGAGUGGGAACGCCUGGACCUCAGUCAGCGAGAAUUGUACAGGGAUGUGAUGUUAGAGAACUACAGGAACCUGGCCUCCUUGGGUUUUCCACUAAAUGAGAGUACACACACUGGAGAGAAGACUUACAAUUGUGAAUAUGGUGAGGUCUCUAAUCAGUCUUCAAAUCUCACUCAACAGCAGAGUAUUCAGAAUCCGCAGAAAAGUUACAAGUGUAAGAAAUGUGAGAAAGCCUUUACUACCCCAUCCAGUCUAAGUAGACACAGGAAAAUUCAUUCAGGAUGGAAACCUUUCAAAUAUACAGAGUGUGGCAACACCUCUAAUCAGAAUUCAGAGCUUAGUCAAGAUCAGCAAAUCCACAGUGGCAAGAAACCUUAUGAAUGUAAAGAAUGUGAAAAAGCAUUUAGGUCUUCCUCAGACAUAAGUCGACAUCAGCGAAUUCACACUGGGGAGAAGCAUUAUAAAUGUACAAAGUGUGGCAAAGCCAUUAAUCAGAAGUCACAUCUUACUGAUCACCAGAGAAUUCAUACUGGAGAGAAGUCUUAUAAAUGUAAAGAAUGCGGAAAAGCCUUCAGUCAAAACUCAACUCUUACUCAACACCAGCGAAUUCAUACUGGAGAGAAGCCUUAUAAAUGUAAGGAUUGUGGCAAAGAAUUUAAGAAGUGCUCAGGUCUUACUUACCAUCAGAGAAUUCAUACUGGAGAGAAACCUUAUAAAUGUAAGGAUUGUGGCAAAGAAUUUAAGAAGUGCUCACGUCUUACUUACCAUCAGAGAAUUCAUACUGGAGAGAAACCUUAUAAAUGUAAGGAUUGUGGCAAGGAAUUUAGGAAGUGCUCAGGUCUUACUUACCAUCAGAGAAUUCAUACUGGAGAGAAACCUUAUAAAUGUACAGAAUGUGGGAAAUCCUUUAGUCAGAUCUCAACUCUUACUCAACACCAAAGAAUUCAUACUGGGGAAAGGCCUUAUAAAUGUAAAAAUUGUGGCAAAGGCUUUAGCAAGCACUCAGCUCUUACUUGCCAUCAGAGAAUUCAUACUGGAGAGAAGCCUUACAAAUGUACAGAGUGUGGGAAAUACUUUCGUCAGAACUCAACUCUUACUCAACACCAGCGAAUUCAUACUGGAGAGAAGCCUUAUAAAUGUAAAGAAUGUGGAAAAGCCUUCAGUCACUACUCAACUCUUACUCAACACCAGCGAAUUCAUACUGGAGAGAAGCCUUAUAAAUGUAAAGAAUGCGGAAAAGCCUUCAGUCACUACUCAAGUCUUGCUCAACACCAGCGAAGUCAUACUGGAGAGAAACCUUAUAAAUUGAGGACCGGCUCUUUAGAUCACUUCUCCCUUGUGUCCCAGAACCUUGUCUCCCUUGCUGUAUCCUGGCUUUCUAUAGAGCAUGAUGAGUUCUCAACCUGA